AUGUUUUAUUCGGAAACCCUACUGUCCAAGACCGGGCCAUUGGCUCGCGUCUGGCUUUCCGCCAACUUGGAGCGCAAACUCUCCAAGUCACACAUUCUACAGUCCAACAUCGAAAGCAGUGUUAGUGCUAUCGUGGACCAAGGCCAAGCACCUAUGGCUCUGCGGCUUAGUGGCCAGCUUUUGCUCGGUGUUGUCAGAAUUUAUAGCCGUAAAGCGCGUUAUCUAUUGGAUGAUUGCAAUGAAGCGUUGAUGAAAAUUAAGAUGGCCUUUCGACUCACCAACAAUAAUGAUUUGCCAGCUAAUGUGACUUUGCCUCCAGGCGGCAUCACUCUACCCGAUGUGCUUACAGAGUCUGAUUUGUUUAUGAACCUCGAUACCUCAUCCCUGCUAUUGCCUUCCAUCAACCUAGAAACUGAGAGUAAGCGGCCGGGCGUGAUUGACUUUGGCAGCCAAUUGUUACCACACACACAACGUCUCCCAUCUCAAGAACCGGCUCGUUUGGAAGACCACACCUUACUCGAUCUCGACCUUGGCGAGGAUGACACCCCUCUUGCGAAUGACUUCAGCAUUGAAGUCGGUCGAGACGCGCCUCCUACGCGACCUGUUGAAGAAGAUUUAUUCAGUGAAGAAGGAAAAUUGAAUGAUGUUGACCUUAAUCUGGACCUCGGAGAGGAUGAUGCUCCAUUGGGAGAUAUGGACAUUGGUGAAGAUAGCAACGACAACAUCGAUCGCUUCCUUAUGCCCGAUGAUCCGAUGGAUUUGGGCGAAGGCGACCUUGAUGUCCCGCCAGUUGAGCCUGAAACGCAAGCUGGAUCACCACAGGCAUCAGCCACCGACCGGUUUGCGACGCCACCGACCGAUGCUGCACCUGAGGAACAGGAGACUUUUGCGGAGGAUCGGGAUGCUGCACAAGAAACACAACGUUCUAAACGGCGAAAGAUUAUCGGACAUGACGUGGACACCCAAUUGAGCACAUCCUCAUUAAAACAGCAUCAGGAUGAUCACGAAGAUAUCCUUAGGCCAGUGUCAUUUCUACCCCGUGACCCCGUUCUCCUUACGCUCAUGCAAAUGCAAAAGAAUGGCGACUUCGUGUCCAGCGUGCUCGGCCAGGACCGCGGCCGUGGAUGGGCACCAGAGUUGCGAGACAUGCUUUCAUUUGAUACUGUACGCAAAGCCGGUGAACUCAAGCGUAAGCGGGACAGUGGAGUGUCCGACAUGGAUAUUGAUGCUGCAAACCUCCCUGCUUUGGAUCUUGAGGAAGAUGAAUCUGCUUUGAAUGUCGAUGAAGGCAUUGGUCUCGAUUCUACCCUUCAGCAGCAACAAAUCGAGUUUGGUUCCGAUGACGGCAACCGGGCUGGAAGUGACGAUGAAGGAUUACCUCCGGAUGAUUUUGACGACACCCUCAUCCACCCAACUGAAAGUGGACCAGUGUCUCUGGGUACUAAGCAUGCCGUUCAUCUCCUCCGCGAGCGAUUUGGAGGCGCACAGGCCGCAGAGCCUGCCACACCACAGAAAAAGAGCGUCUUAUUCCAGAAUUUGUGUCCAGAGAAGACUACAUCGAAAGCCGAUGCAACUAAGAUGUUCUUUGAGACGCUUGUAUUGGCGACGAAAGAUGCUAUCAAUGUUGAGCAAGGUCAUAAUCACAUCGGUGGCCCUCUGCGUAUCAAAGCUAAGCGCGGACUCUGGGGCUCCUGGGCAGAAACAGAAGCCGGCGGCGAGAUAGCAGCUCAGCAGGAAAACCAGGUUGCUGCCUAA